UCCCCGGUCCUCACGGCGACGGUGGCGGAGGCGCGCCGAGGGGACUGAACCGGGCGGAAGAAGUCGAGGCCGAGGUAUUUCCGGUUCCGGUGUCAGUUCGAGGCGCCGCCGCCGCAGCUGCCGGAGCCGCGAUGCCUAAAGGAGGGAGAAAGGGAGGCCACAAAGGCCGGGCACGGCAGUACACGAGCCCCGAGGAGAUCGACGCACAGCUCCAGGCUGAAAAGCAGAAAGCCAGGGAAGAAGAGGAGCAAGGAGAAGAAGGUGGAGAUGGGGCUACAGGUGACCCCAAAAAAGAGAAGAAAUCUCUAGACUCAGAAGAGAGUGAGGAUGAGGAAGAUGAUUACCAGCAAAAGCGCAAAGGCGUGGAAGGGCUCAUCGACAUUGAGAACCCCAACCGGGUGGCACAGACAACCAAAAAGGUCACACAGCUGGACCUGGACGGGCCCAAGGAGCUUUCAAGGAGAGAACGAGAAGAAAUCGAGAAGCAGAAAGCGAAAGAGCGUUACAUGAAAAUGCAUUUAGCUGGGAAGACAGAGCAAGCCAAGGCUGACCUUGCCCGGCUGGCGAUCAUCCGGAAACAGCGGGAGGAGGCUGCUAGGAAGAAAGAAGAAGAGAGGAAAGCGAAAGACGAUGCGACUUUGUCAGGAAAACGGAUGCAGUCGCUCUCCCUGAAUAAGUAGCACGGCCGUGGCAGGAGAGACCAGGGACCUGGGCCGUGCUGCCAGCACCGCUGCCGCGUCCCGCCCACCCUGUGCCCUGGCGCCGCCGCAGCAGCCCCUCACGACGAGGAGCCCCCCGCGGCCUGGGGCCUCCUCUUCAUCUUGGCACAGAAAUCGUUUGGGGGGAUGGUGGGUGGGGGGCUGGGGGGAGGGGGCAGCUGCUAUCUUUGAGACAGAAAGAUGCAGGACGGCAUUUCAUAUGUAACCAUUCGAAUGUGUUUGCUGUUUUUAGAAUUCAGAACCCUGGUUGGGGUGCCUGGGAGUGGGGUAAGAAGGGCUUCCGUUUGUCCCGUAGAUUGCACAGUAGGGGCGGUUGUGCCUGGGGCAGCUGCUGACAAGUUCGCGACAACCAGCCUGUCUGGUGCCUGGGUGCUCACUCAGAGGGGCUGUCAUUUGGGAGCCCAGGCCCCUGGGUCCCUGAGGGUCAUGGCUCGUCCCCAGCCAGUCCCUUCUGACUGAGGCCUCCCCUCUGCCCUUCCCUGCCUCAUUCCCACCCACCUGGCCAGGGCCGGGGCCCGUUCUUAACCCUACCCAUCGAUCAUUUCAAGAACCCUCCGUUUACUGUGCAGCACCCAGGCAAAACAUGCUCCAGAAAUCCAACUUGUAUAUUUGCCAGAUUAAACUUGACAUUAUCGUAA